GCGAAAAUCACGUGUGAAUACAAAAGAGAAUUGUGCUUCUAUAGAUCGGAUCUUGUCUCUCCGACCUUCAUGCAAGGCAUAAUUGACUCUCUAAAAGUACUUUAGGAUUGACAUUUACCACUGAUUAGACACAAUGAGCAUACAGCGACUUGGCCUUGGUGCAAUUAGAGGCAUCGGACGGCCGGGAGCCUUCUUCAAUAAGGGCAUCGCGAAGUUGGCUGCGGCCCGUCUGCUGUCCCAGCAAGCAAGAGAACGCCCAGCGAUUGUUCACCUGAACCAGAAAGAAGGUCACGACAUUCUCGUCAAACAACGCCUCAACCGCCCCGUCACUCCCAACCUCACAAUCUAUAAAGUCGGACAAGUCUGGUUCAGUGCAUCAGCAUGGACUCGAAUAACAGGUCUCGCCGUAGGAGGUACAGCUUACCUGACUCUAUGCGCCCAUGCCGUCGCUCCUUAUCUUGGAAUGGGAUUUGACUCUGCUGCUUUGGUAUCGGCUUUCGGCGCGUUGCCUUUCGCUGUCAAGGCCGCAAUCAAAUUUGGCCUGUUGGGGUUUCCGUUUACGUAUCAUUUUGUCAAUGGUAUUAGACACUUGGUGUUUGAUCUGGGAUUUGGAUACAAGAAGGCUCAGUUUAAGAAGUCAGAGGCAGCUACGUGGAUACUGAGUAUUCUUGGCGGUCUUGCCUUGGCCUUCUGGAUAUAGAUGCUCAGAUAUUUAAACAUCGAAGACCAAUUAGGCGUUCAUUUACUAUUGCCAAACUGCAUUAUAGAACUAUUCCCAUUCCCAU